AAAUCAGCGCUCGAUUAACUGGCCUUUCGGAACAGGAAGUGACAGAACACGCGUGGGGAAAGAAGCAUCUCUUGUGUGAAAUUACUGUUCUAUUUGCUGUCAUAGACAUUACCACUUUUGCUUUGGAUUAGUUAAAGUGUAAAGUAGUUUCUAAAUAUCCUCCGGUCGAUCUUUAUCCACGUCGAUCGCAGUAAAUGGCAGAGAGUGUAAAUGACAGCGAUGCAGAGAGCAGAAUCAGUUUCGGAGACUAUGUAGUGCUGAAGAGAGGAGAUGUCUUCAAAUCAGUGCAGGUCGAAAAUAAAAAGAAAGUGAUCUUUGAGAAGCAGUGGUUCUUCUUGGACAAUGCGGUCGGGCAGCUGUUCGGGACCAGGUUUGAAAUUGAAGCUGGAGGUUCACUCAAACUCAAAGCAGCAAAACACUCAGGAGACUCCUUGGAUUCUAAGGAAGCAGGCCAGGAUAACAGACAUAUACUGGAUGAUGGCAAAUCUCAGAAACUGACGAGAGAUGAUAUUGAAACACUGAAAGAGCAAGGGCUAAAGGGUGUGGAGAUUGUUCAGCAGCUCAUAGACAACAGUACAACAUUCAAGGACAAAACUGAAUUUGCUCAAGAGAAAUACAUCAAGAAGAAAAAGAAAAAGUACGAGAGUGACAUAACAAUCCUGAAACCCUCCACUCGACUCCUUGCCAUGAUGUACCACGGCAGAGAACCUGGAAAAAUAUGUCACCUGCGGUACGACACAUUGGCUCAGAUUUUGACUCUGGGUAACAUCCACGCUGGCAGUAAAAUCCUUGUUUUUGAGACCUGUGCUGGACUUGUGCUGGGCUCGGUGAUGGAGCGAAUGGGAGGUUUUGGCUCAGUGAUUCAGAUGUAUCCCGGUGGAGGCCCAACGAGAGCCGGCAUGGAGAGCUUCGGCUUUCCGUCACACUUCCAUGAGACGCUGCAUGAGUUCCCUUUAUGCAAAGUUAAUGCUCUGCUGGCGGGAACCCUGGAUCUGUCAGAGAAGGAUGCAGACGGGAACGGACGAUCUGAGUCCUCUCAGGAAACCUCAGGUGUGUCUGAGGAGAGGAGCUCAGAACCUCAGAGCAUGGAGGUCAGCGUCGACCCGCAAGAAGAAAUGAGGAGAGUGGAGAGAGAAAGACUGCGAGAACAGAAGGCUCAAGAGAAAAAGGUGAAGAUGGAGGAGAAGAGGAAGAAGUUAGCUUCAGCUGCAGCUCUAUUAGAGGGCAGAAAUGCAGAUGGGUUAGUGAUUGCUAGUCGCUUCCACCCCUGUCCUGUGUUAAUGGGUCUGCUGAAGUUCAUAGCUCCAUCACGACCAUUUGUAGUGUACUGCCAGUACAGAGAGCCGCUGAUUGAGUGUUACACAAAACUCAGGGAACAAGGAGGAGCAAUCAGUCUCAGAUUAACAGAUUCCUGGCUCAGGCAUUACCAGGUGUUGCCCAAUCGGACUCAUCCAGUGCUGCUCAUGAGUGGGGUUUGUGGUUUUAUGAUUAAUGUCGCUGCAGACGCUGCCAAAACUAGGAAUCAGCACAAAUCAGAGGAGCCUGUUGCCAAGAGGCUGAAACUGGAUGAGAUUAGUUCUGCCUAGGCAAUUAGUUUAGUUUAACUUAUUUAAGUGAGAAGAAAGCAAAUGAGUGUUGGACUCACACAUUCAGUCAGUGCUUUAUUCUCUGUAUGAGUUGCACAACUUUAUUAGUCUUUAUUAGUCUUUAAGUUUGUUAUCUACUGUUUUUUGUUUCUUUUUGAAAAGAUUUGCAUUUAAGAGCUAAAGAAAUAUUCUCAUCCUUAUUUUUUUUUAUUUUUUAGCAAGAUGUGGAGGAAGGAAAACGUGCUGCUUUUUCGGCAUCCUUGGCACUUGGCGAAUAACCAAGUUUUGCUUACAAAAUGCAUCAUUGCACAAGUAAACCAUAUAUUUAUCUGUUUUUAAUCAUUUUCAAAAGGUUUUCGGCAUCAAAACACAAAUGAUAACUGCAGUCAUCAGCUUUGGUCCCAUAAUUACACAUUUUAUUAAAUGCAAACAUUCAAGUAAGCAGAGGUUCUGUUGAAGGCCAUAAAGAACAACAGAAAUUUUUCAACAUACUGCGUUUUUCACAGUUGUGAAGUAGCAUGCUCUAAAAUGCGGUCAAAUUUGCAGUCAAUAGUACAUGGUCAUUUUGUUUUUUUAUGUUAUUUUAGAAUGUAAUAAAGAGAAAAAUGAUGCACAUAACCUCAUCAAGCUUUUUUUCCCCCUUUAUAGACGGUCUUGCUUCUAAGACUCUCACAUUAAACACUGAUUUACACUAAUAACAACAUUCUAAUGCAGUUGUAAUCGGGUACGACAUAUAAUAAUGCAUUCAUCUAAAGCAGCCUAAGUAAGCACACAUAAAGCGUAUGGCAAAUCAAAUCAGGCAGUGUAAGAAGAUGAUGUUUCAGCUGGUUCUAGGAAUGAUUAAGUUUCUCUUUCAUCUGUUGAUCCACAGAGGCCAGUUUCUCAAGUUCUUUUAACUGAAAGAAAAGAACAAGAAUUAAAUGCAGUACAUACUUAGGUUUCAUAACACUUUUAAGUGAUGCUUAAAAACAAUUGCCUUAAUCAGUCCCCAGAGUUGUUUUGUGUUGUUUUUGCCGUUGUUCCAGUCUGGCAUAAACUGGGUUUGGUUGUUCUAGUCAAUGAAAUAUCCUGUUUCCACAUUCCCAGUAGGAAAGUCAUAGGGAAGUACCUUUAGUUAUUCAGUAUCCCUGUCAUGAUGAGGAAUGAUGCUCUUAGCAUAUCCCUCUACACCCUUAAGUAAAUGCAAUAUUACUUCAUAGUUUGCAGGUAUAACAGAUAACUCAGAUGUCCUUGUAAUAGCACAACAUUUGGCUUAAGAAGUCACCGGAGGGAUGCUAGGUGGUUAUUGCCGCUUUUUGAUGCAGCUAGAGUUGCAUGCGUUAAAGAACUGAAAGGAGAGUUACAGUCUACCCACGUCCUCUCUUAGUCACUCAAUCCAUGUUGAAGUCUAGCAAGCAGACAUACAGAAAAGUUCCUUGAAACUUAAAAUCUGGCCUUGUUUUUUAAAAACUCCAUGAAGCAAGUCUUGAUUGUGUUGUUGUUGUUCUUUGCUUCCAAUACAUCCCUGUCUAGUACUAAACGACUUAGGCGAGUGAAUGCUUUCUUUAUUUAAAUUUGUAAUUUAACAUGUAGACUUUAGGGCUCAGUGGGGCCAUUUGUUAAAUUGGGUUUGUGAAACCUAGUGCAGAGGUCUUCAACCCUGCUCCUGGAGUCCCACUGCUCUGCAAACUUUAGAUCCAGACCUAAUCAAAUACUCCUAAGGAUUGCUUGAAAGUCACAGGCGGGUCUCCAGGAGCAGGUUUGGGGACCAAUGCACUAGGUCUUCAAACCUGCUCUUGGAGACCCACUGUCUUGGACAGCUUAUUUCCAACCUGCUACAACACACCCACCUGUGAUUUUUAUACAAUCUUCUGGUGUAUUUGCAUUCCUAUGUUUCCCUAACAGUGCACAUUUUGAAUAUCUCUUGUCUGACACACUCGUCCAGGACCUGGUGGCUCCACAAACAAGUUUAUGAGUUGAAUCAGAAUAGGGAGACCCCAAAAAUGUGUGUGUUGUCAGACAAAAUGUGCAAAAACUGUGUACUGUCACUUGGACAGAUCAGACCAUACCUCCUCUGGUGUGAGAAGCUUCUGUUGGGGGACACCCUCUUCCUCCUCGGGUGACUCCUCCUGAGUUAGUAGGCCUCUUUUGUACCGGAGAGUCUCGUCGAGGUCCUCUAGUUUAUGGUAGGGGUGCUGGUCAGUACUUUCGCCCACAUUAUUGCCUCUUUUGUACAAGGCUGGAUGGUAGUAUCCUCUGUAAAUCCAUGGGGAACGCUUCUCAUAGACAUCACCUUUGUUAAGUAGAAGUUCCUUUAACUCAUUCUUCUUUUUUGUUAGGUACCUCAAUGCAGCCUCCCUGUCCUGCUUCUCCUCUGCUGAACUCUGGUGUCCUUUUUUCAGCUCACCUUCUUCCUCUUGGCUGGUUAAAGGUUGCCU